GAUUCGUUGGUAUUAACGCAUCUGACAUCAACUACUCUGCUGGCCGCUAUGACCCAUCCGUGAAGCCCCCCUUUGACAUAGGUUUUGAAGGGAUUGGUGAGGUGGUGGCCUUAGGCCUCUCUGCUAGUGCUAGGUACACGGUGGGCCAGGCUGUGGCUUAUGUGGCUCCAGGUUCCUUUGCUGAGUAUACAGUGGUGCCUGCUAACAUUGCCAUUCCCCUGCCUUCAGUGAAACCUGAGUAUCUCACUCUGCUAGUUAGUGGCACCACUGCCUACAUCAGCCUGAAAGAGCUCGGAGGGCUGUCAGAAGGGAAGAAAGUUUUGGUGACAGCAGCCGCUGGGGGAACAGGCCAGUUUGCUGUGCAACUUUCAAAAAUAGCCAAGUGCCAUGUCAUUGGAACCUGCUCUUCGGACAAAAAGUUAGCUUUUCUGAAAUCCAUUGGGUGUGAUCGCCCCAUCAACUACAAAGCAGAGGCCGUGCAUGCAGUCCUGAAGCAAGAAUACCCUGACGGUGUCGAUGUAGUCUACGAGUCUGUUGGGGGAGCCAUGUUUGACCUGGCUUUGGAUGCCUUAGCCACCAAAGGGCGUUUGAUAAUAAUUGGGUUUAUCUCUGGCUACCAAAGCCCUGCAGGUCUUUCACCUAUAAAAGCAGGAGCUCUGCCGGCCAAGCUCCUGAAGAAGUCUGCCAGUCUCCAGGGGUUCUUUCUGAACCACUACUUCUCCAAGUACCAGGCUGCCAUGGAACACUUGCUAGAGCUAUAUGCUCAUGGGGAACUGGUUUGUGAGGUGGACCUGGGGCACCUGGCUCCAGAGGGAAGGUUCAUUGGCCUGGACUCCAUAUUCCGGGCUGUUGACUAUAUGUACACUGGGAAAAAUACUGGAAAACUUGUGGUUGAAUUACCUCACUGUGUCAGCAGUAAGCUAUGACAACAGAACAAUGACACAAACCAAAGGAGAAAGAAAAGGAAUUCUCCAUGUCUUAGAAUGAACAAAAUGUAUCUUGAAACAAAAGUAUAGUGUUAAUGAAUUCUGCUCCCCCCGUCUCCUUGGGGGUAAAAAUAAUGUGCCUCAAUAAAAGUUCUCUCUAUAGCUAAGAGGUAAAAACGUUUACAUUCAAUUCUUUAGUCAUGGACAGUCUCAUUCCAGAUUUUAUUGUUCCAAGGAAGUAAAUUAAUUCCUGAUGUGAGACCUGAUCGAGUCAGUAUGUCCCCAGCUUGAUGAGAUUUUUUUUUAAAUCAGUCUUCAAAUAGCUCACCAAGGCUCCUUUGCUUUGGAAACAGCUGCUCCUAAGUACUUCACAGGUGAGCAAGUAGUGUGGCUCGGCCUGGCAUUCUCAUGGUCCAUAUGCUUAGCAAGGACGUUUGGGAGAGAAGUCUCCAGAUUCUGGUAAGUUAUUGGAAAAGUGAAUCAGCAAACACGCAUGUCUUAAUGACAUAUAUGCUCUUCGGUGGCAUGAAUUCACAUCCUGGUAAGGUUGACUGGUGAAGAGCGUGUUUGUGUCCCAAGAAGAAAUGAAUAUUGGAAACUGUGGGUUUUGGAGGGUAAAGCUAUGGUUUGGGGGAUUUUGUGAAAGCUGCUGUGUGCAGAGGAAGGGAGAACUGCCUCCUCAGGAGGCUCAUGGCCAAGUGCAGUAACAGGGACCACAGCAGGGGCUCACUCGAGCACCUGAAAGGUUAAAAGCAGCUCACUUCCUGUCCCCAAGGAGCAAAAGUCUCAUAGUUCCAAACACGGUAGGCACCCAAGUCUUCUAAAAUCAACCAUUUGCUUCUCCUCAAAGGGGUGGUGUGGAAGGCUUGAUCUCGGUGACAGGAAUGGAAUGGCAGUCUGGUAUCCUGUGUUCCCAUUUUGCCUGCUCUAGUGCAUUCUGUCCAUCAGCCUACAUGCCGGCUUCUCUUCAAACUACACCGGAGCUGACCUGCUUGCCCUUCACCUUCGGUGUCCAAGGGCUGCCUGCCACUUUUGUCACAGAAUCAAAACCCCACGGUGGGUGCCUUUCUAAUUGAAGGUGAAGCCUGUCAGAUUAUUUUCCAGUCUUGGGUUUCAGUACAUCAAAUGUGCUCAAUAAAUGGGGAUGCAAUUAAGAGUACUCUUGUGAAAAGUUGGGGCCAGAUUUAAUUCUUUCCCUGCAUCUGAGGAGCAGAGAGAUCCUGUUUCUGAGUAGCUGUUUAGUAUCUAUUUUACAAGAUUUACUCAUUUCCAGGUACCUAAUGUAGCUGCUAGCAUGCAUGCACAACAAUACAAUUUAUAUGGUAAAUGGAACCAAAUAAUGGCUUCACUGAAUGUUAUGGCCGCACUGAAGGGAAAUGUCACGGUAAAUAGCUGCCAAAUUAUGGAUCAUGCCGAUGUGUCACAACUGCACUAAAGACAAAUAGCACUGGAGGCUAUUGCCACUGUGACGCUUUUGAGUUAUGAAGAAGGGUAGCAGCCUGACGCGAGGCUCUUUGUGUCCUCGUCAUAGCAAAGGGCUGCUGGUGCAGGGGACAAGGAAGGCUCGUCCAAUGUGGUUCACAGUUGCUAAUCUGUCCCUUUCAGACAUAGCCACUGUAGCAGGAGAGGCUGUGCUGGCUCUUCUGUAUACAAACAUAACAAACGGGGAGGGAGGGCAGGUUUUAUGAAUGUUCGUAUGCUCAGGAAAUGACUGGUAAUGGAAAAAUGUUGUAAUAAAAUAAUCUAAUCAAAGACUAUUAUUAAAUUUAA